AUGGCGGGUGGCGCGUGGCCUGGGGUGUGGAUGGGCGAGCCCUGGCCCCGGCUGCAGGCCGCCUCCAGCGGCCCGAGCCGCUCUGCCAGCGCGGGGCGAGCUGCCUGCUGCCGCUGGGAGGACUACGGAUUCCCCAUCUCCGUCGACGCCGACGGAGCCUGGCGCCAGCGGGUGGCCCAGGAGGAGCAGGUGCGGCAGAUGCCCGCCCACUGCCUGCGGCACCUGACCAGCGACCGCGUCCGGGCCCUGCUCCAGGCGGAGAGCGCUCGCCCCUGGCUCCUCGGGGGACAGCGCCCCCGCGGCGCGGACGCGGCGCACCUCCGCCGCGCCGCCUGCCUGGCGCGCGCCGCGGCCGAGAGGCAGGCCGCCGCCAGGGCCCUGCAGGACGCGGCGGGCCUCUGGCAGGCGGCCGCCGAGGCGGCGGCCGCGGCCUCCGGCGGCCCGUGGCCCGUCGGGGAGCCGCCCGGGGCCAGCCAGGCCCUGGCCCUGGGGCUGCCGGGGCUGCCCACAGUCAUGGGCGGCUCCAGGAUGGGGAUGCGCCAGGAGCUCGUGAAGUCCGCUCCCUGGAUGGCGGAGUCCAGUGGCGACCACGGCCGCAAGACCAGAGGCCUCAGGCUUGAAUUCGAUGUUUGCGGAGACGGAGGCUGUGGAUUUGCAGUUUGUCACGCCAUUCUGAAGGACGAUGUCUUGGAGCUGCACGAGUUGAUCCUGAAUGGCAGCCCAGUUCGACUUGACGGUGAAUUACAUGGCAAAGUUGUUUCUUUAUGUCUCCGCAUUGUCUGA